AUGGAGAACCCAGAGAAAGCUCUCCAGCGAUACUUCACUCGGGAUGCUUCGUUUGUGCAUCCCUUUUGCCGUGUUCCCAGUUUCGAGGGGAGCAGGUGGUGGGUGCUGAAGAUCUUCCAAUGGUACAAGAUUAUGUCCCCUCGAAUUGAGAUGGAGAUUCAUUCGAUUGCUGUCUCUAGUUUUACCUGCUUCCUUCUCUCCUUCAUUGAAAGGCCGAAAAGCGCUGACCGCCCUCCAGCUUUCGAUGAGAAAAAUCUCAAGCUCUACAUUCACAUGUCUCAAAUCUUCACCAUCUGGAUCAUUCCAUUCCAUGUCGCACCCGUGACAUUGACAACUGUUUUGGAUCUCACGACGGAUGCCUCGAAGACCAAUACCCCAAAUACCAAUGCCCCGACAAAUGGCGAUUGCACGUUGUACUACAUCGCUAAACAAGAAGAUCUCUACCAGACUUCGGAGUUUGUCAAAUUUGUGGUACCGCAUAUUGGCAACUGGAUAGUAUUUACCUGGCAUCUGAUUGCAACAUUCUUCUGCCUGCUGGGUGUCACAAUUUUGUGGCCGAUGCUCUGGUUGGAGGAGAAGGGUUACUUGCCCAGUCGGCUUGCGCACGGAGGAAACCUGGCCUAUAGUAUUCAGAACAAGAUUCCGGAGAUCAAAAACCAUUAA